AUGGACUGGACGGGCUGGGCCUGCACUGUGGUCGGUCGAUUGAUAAGUCUCUACUCAAAAGUAUGGGCUGACUUUUCCACUGCGUGUCAUCUUUUCUCCCGGUUCGAAGGUAGAGGAAUAGGAGCUUGGAAUGCUCUAUUGUUUGCGUAUGCGGAACAUUGCCCCUCUGGGGCUAACGCAGUUUUCGCUGAGCUACAUAAGACCGUCACCCCCACGCAAGUCGCUUUCCCAUCUCUACUCAUGGCGUAUGCUCAUGCCGACAUAUAUGUUGGACAUUUGUAUGCUGUUUUGAAGAGGAUGGUCGUCGUAUAUGACAUUGAGCCAGAUAAAACGCACAUGGGGUGCAUUGUAAAACGCACAUGGUAUGUACUUAAUGUUGUUAGAAGGUUUAUUUAA